AUGACUUUGAUAGACAAUGAGAGUAAUAAAGAAGGAUUCGCACAAAGUCAGAAAUUUUCGGAAAGAAAUUUACAACAGGAGCAGCAGGAACAACAACAAUUGUUAGAACAAAAUUUACUACAACGAAACCAACAGCAGCUUUCAGAAGAAAAUUUGCAACGGCAAGAACAUCAGGAACAGUUUUCGGAAGAAAAUCUGAAACGGCAACAUCAGCAAUUUUCAGAAGAAAAUUUGCAACGCCAACAUCAGCAACAGCAGUUAUCAGAACAAAAUUUGCAACUUCAACAACAUCAGCAGCAAUUUACGGAUGAAAAUUUGCAACGCCAACUGCAAUUUUCUGAACAAAAUUCACCACAGCAGAACCAACAAAAUUUAACGCAGCAUUCGCAAUUUUCAGAAGAAAAUUUGCAACGUCAACAUCAGCAACAGCAGUUAUCAGAUCAAAUUUACAACGGCAAAACCAACAGCACAACAACAGCAAAAAACCAACAAAAAUUAACGCAACAUUCACAAUUUUCGGACGAAAAUUUGCAACGCCAACAACAUCAGCAACAGUUAUCAGAACAAAAUUUACAACAGCGAAACCAACAGCAAUUUUCGGAUGAAAAUUUGCAACACAAACAGCAUCAGCAGCAGCAAUUUACGGAUGAAAAUUUGCAACACAAACAGCAGUUUCCAGAACAAAAUUUACAACGUGAUCAUCAGCAACAGCAGUUUACAGAAAAAAAUGUACAACAGCAAAACCAGCAACAGUUUUCAGAAGAAUAUUUGCAAAGUCAUCAUCAGCAACAGCAGUUACCAGAACAAAAUUCACAGCAGACUCAAAUUUCACAAUUUUUGGAACAACAUGAAUUAUUUCAUAAAAUGCGAAACCUCUUAGAUAAGCAAAAAGAAACUUUGCAAUUUCUUAAAAAGAAACUUCAACAUAUACAUCUUCAACAACCCUUACAACAGCAACAUUUCUCAGAAAAUCAGCAUGAACUCUUACAUCUAUUCAAACAACAGCAGGAUGUUUACGCUGACUAUGCUUUUAAAAUUCAAGGUAAUUAUCUCCCGAUUUAUGACCUAAAGAUCACUCAUGGUAAUAUGGAUAAUUCAAACUACUUUGAUAAAUAUAAAGAAAUGGAAUAUAAGAAUAAGCAAUUGGAAAGAGAAUUGAAAGAAAUUCAAAAUAAUUCUAAGCCAAAAUCAAGUAAUUACGGAUUAGGGUGGUUUACCGAUCAGCAAGAACUCAAAUCAAAAUAUAACGAUCUUAAAUACAAAUUGCACGAUCUUCAAAUAGAAAACCAAAAAUUUGAGGCAAUCUUAAGUUCAAAGGAUAGAAAUAUUAAUGAAUUGGAAAAAGCUAAUAAGAACUUAAGGAAAGAAGCUACUAAGUAUCAAUCAGCUUUGGGUGAUGCAACUAGUUUUCAUCUAGGAAGCCAAGAUUCCAAUAGCGCCGUUCAAUUAUCAGAAGAUAUACGUCAUUUGCAUAGAAAUUUAGAGAUGUUCUGUGGACUUAAGAGAGGUAUUGAUAUUAAUGAACUGGAAGUGGAAGGACUCUUGGAAAAGUAUGGUUGUUCGCUCACCGGCAAGAUGCGUAAUAAUAAACCUUUGAUUUCUGGCUUAUUAGAACGGCACGUGAUCGAAACCAUUAUUAAAUUCCUUAAAAUUCACGAGGGAAAGUUAAAUAACAAGCUAUUUAUAUUUCACAAAUAA